AUGGAUGAGCUGAAAUUAGAGGGUAAAUUUGAUGAUAUGUACGUGGGUGAUGAGAAUGUGAUAUUACCCAAGCGUUCAUAUGGGAUUGCUGAAGAAAAUCUAAGCAACCAACCAGCAGGAAUAUCAGCGAUGAGGAAAGCAAAAAAUGUUAAGUCAUCAGAAGGGGGUUCAGCAACUGCAGGUGAUAGCAAGAAGGACUUUUGGAUGAGAGAUCCAAAGACAGGCAACUGGAUACCAGAGAGUCACUUUGGUGACACUGAUGUUGCAGAACUGAGAGAAAAGUUCCUCUCUAAGAAAGACAAAUUUUAA